AAUGUGAAUCUCUUAAAAAAAUUAACUUAAGGCAAAAGGUAAAGAAAGAUACGCAAGAGAGUUGUGUGUUCAUGUUAUGUAUAUGCUUUAACAACAACGAGCGAUGAUGGUAAAUGCGUCUGAAGAAAAGUAUCUGAACUUCUUUUUUUUUUUGAAGCAAGAAGUUGCAAGUACAAGGAGUAAUCCUCUCAGAUUUGGAAAUAAAGAUAAAAAGAGAGAAAAGAUUUGAGUUUCAUCACUAAACCAAUAUUUUUCUUAUCAUCCUUUUGAGAGAAAAAAAUGAGCAAAGAAGAGUUCAUGAACAUCCAGACUUGUGUUCUUAAAGUGAAUAUACACUGCGAAGGUUGUAAGCAAAAAGUCAAGAAAAUCUUGCAUAAAAUCGAAGGUGUUUUCACGACCAAGAUUGAUGCAGACCAAGGGAAAGUGACUGUCUCUGUCUCUGGGAGCGUAGAUCCUUCAGUUCUCAUCGAGAAGCUCGCCAAAUCUGGUAAACAUGCUGAAGUCUGGGGAGCUCCAAAGGGCAACAACAAUCCAAAUCAGUCCCAUGACUCUCACUUGGUGAAUCAGUUAAAGGGAAGGCAGAUUGACAACAAAAAAGGCAGCGGUGGUAAGAACAAUAACAACGAUAAAUGCCCGAAGAAUGUUGGAAGUGGAGGUGGAGGUAGCAAUCCACACCAGAUACAGAAGAUGAAAGGGUUUCAAGAUAUGAAGCUUCCUCAGCAGUUAAAGGAUUUGAAUGGCUCUGUUCCUGAGAACAAGAACCAAAAGCAGCCAGGAGCGAAGUUCAAUGUUCCUGAGGAGGAGGAGGAUGAUUAUUUUAGUGAUGACGAUGACGAGUUUACUGAUACUGGUGACGAGGACUCUGAUGACGAUGAGUUUGAUGAUCUCCCUUCUCCGUCUAAUAAGAUGAUGAUGCCUAAUAAUCAACAGAUGAUGAUGAACGCCAAUCUUGGCGGUGGUUCCACCAAAAACGGCGGUAAGGGAGUUUACGGCGGUGGCAAAGGUGAACCGAACGGCGGUGGCGGUGGAAAAGGUGAUUCUGGAGGCGCUGGGAAUCAAAACCAAGGCGGAGGCAAGAACGGAGGCCAAAACGCCAAUGGUGGACGACAUCCACAAGAUGGUAAAAAUGGCGGUGGUCCAAACGCUGGAAAGAAGGUUAACGGCGGAGGUGGUGGACUUCCGGCCGGUUUUCUUCCCAUGGGAGGCGGAGUACCACCAAACAUGAGCAUGCCAAUUGGUGGUCUAAUGGGUAUGGGUAUGGGUGAUCCCAUGGGAAAUAUUCCGGCCGCUUUAUGUCCCAUGGGAGGUGCAGGACCAUCAAACAUGACUAUGCCAAUAGGUGGUCUAAUGGGUAUGGGUGGUCUGAUGGGGAAUAUUCCGGCUGUUCAUGGAUUACCGGCCACCGGUGCAAGCGGUAUACCGCCAGGUUAUUUCCAAAGGGCCGGGCCAGAUCCAAUUCAAAUGCAACAUCAACAACAACAACAACAGUAUUUGGCAGCGGUUAUGAACCAGCAACGUGCUAUGGAAAACGAACGGUUCCAACCAAUGAUGUACGCAAGGCCACCACUGGCAGUUAACUAUAUGCCACCGCACAUACACCUACACCAAUAUCCGAAUCCUUAUGAUCCAUACCCGUAUCCACCUCAUGGGAAUGAUCAAUACUCUCAUGUCUCUAACGAGGAGAACACAUCAAGCUGCGAUAUUAUGUGAUGGUUUCACUAUUUUUAUAGAAUUAUAGUGUAAAAUUUGGACGUAUGUUAAAUUAUGUUGAAGUUGUUAUUCUCCUUCA